UCAUCCAUAAAACAAGCCAAUGCUUGCCGAUGCUAAGAAAAAUUGUGUGAGUGGUGCAAGUCCUGUUUCGUCCCCUAACAUACGAAUUGAAUGCUUCGACUUCGGUCUACCGAAGAGCUUCUACGUAGCCGCUGCUUGACUCGACGUAACGCUGACGCUUGCUGUCGGUUGUGGUUGGUGACUGUAAAGGUCUCCCUUUCCCCAGAGACCUCCUUCUUCAGGCGGCAGCGGCCCUCCUCGUUGCUAGCAGGUUAGUUGGCUGACUGACUGGGAAGAUCCAAUGGCUGCUCAGAAGAUUUACCGGCCAUCAGCUUCAGACGUCUCCACCGCUAGCCAAGAUCAGGCAGAAGGGAGCAGAGACGCAUAGCUACGUUAUAGAGCCGACAAAAGCUGUGCGGGCUCUCUGCCCGAAACAGGCGAGUUAAUAGUGAGUGAACUGCACCGCUUGGCGCCUGGCGUUCAGAUCGUGGAGGGGGUACCGGCUUGACCGCUCUACCGCGGUCGUGUCCCCGCUACAUUGUUGUAAACACAACGAGUCUUUUCUUGGAUUACAAUCUCUGUCCUCUGGCAGGCAACUUUAGCAGCAGAAAAAGGCAAGGUAAAAGCUGAAGAACAACGAUUGAAAUAACAGUGCCAACGGGCCCGACCAGCUAGUCAGAGUGCAAAUGAGCCACAACGUCAAUCGAGGCCUGCUAUGGAUCUGAAGGGAAGAUGUGAUCGGCGACAUGAGGCCGUUCAGAUAAGAUGAAAAAGUCGCUAGGUCAAAUUAGUAGUCAGAAUAGUAAUAAUAGUAGGUCAUUAUUGCGGCAGUGAUUGAAGAGAUGAUUGUCAUUUAUGUGCAAAGUACCCCUCAACUUGUGGCAUAAUACUCAACCGACCCCUCGAGACAUAUUCGAGCCGACCUCUAUGGCCUAACUGCACGUAUUUCGUUGCACGUCUAUUUAUACUGCUCGUACAGCCUCUGGAACCUAGAUGUAAGCAAUUCAAUUCUCAGUGAAGUGAUAGUUCUCUCUUAGGGAAGACAGUGUAUCGACAUCAGGAAAACGAUUGAUCAGGCAUUCAAAACUGAGUGGAUUAUAUCAAGGACGUGGAUAUCAGGUUGGGUUCAAUCGGGCGAGAAGGAUUACCUGAGCUAUUAGCUGGCAUGCACCUGUGGAAGAAUCACCGUUCUUAAGUACUGGUGCAGGUGGCUGAUCAGUUGCGGGUGCAACUGACCCGGCGAUUAUAAUACUGUGUUUUUUUUGUGAGCACCCUUAUCGUGCUUUUGUGACGGGCGGACGGAAAGAGCCAGACCACGAUGAGGUCGUCAUCUUGUCCCAAACUAUUUGUGUUCAUUGUUUCGUUGUUUUGUGUACUUCUUAUUGUUCAGUGCCUACUCUGUGUGGACUUGGUAUCAGCCGAUAACCAGAUUAUGCAUGGCGUCGGACCGAAUCGAGAUCUCACUGCAGGUACGUACCGAAGCUCUUCAAGAAGUUUCCCACCUCGACGCGCAAACCUAGCCUCCUCUCAAAAUGCGACUGAUUCUAAAGCAGAAGCUUAUGCUCAAGGAGCUCACAGUGACGAAAACCCUCGCAGGACCUCGAGUACAACAGACCCUGACGUUGAAGAUCCUUCCGGCAGCAGCGAUGUCGAACGAAUAGUCAACGUUGACGAUAUUGUGACCACGGUCAAAUCGCCGUUGGAUGAUGCUACAUUUUCCUUAACGACGGUUACUGAUGCAGACACUAUCGUUGAGAUAGAUACGCCACGGUCAGUAAAAUCGAACAUCACAACCGCACCAGAUACGGUAACCCCACCAAUCGGCCCCCAGUCUUAUACUGAUUUAAAAGCCACAACAAAUGUCGUCCAAUAUGCGACCAGUAAGGAAAGCAUAACAGCAUUAGAAGAGACAACUGAAAAAGCUUCUCUCAGAGCUGAUCCUACAACGGAGAAAACCACGCAACGAGUUAUUAGAAGCACUGAGGGUGAUAUCGAAGGCCACACGUCACCAACAGAGAUGUCAGACACAUUGUUUGUUCACGAUACGCCAACAGAAAAGGGUUUGACGAAAGCCGGCGAUAGGCAUCCUGAUGAAGACUUGCCUUACAGCGUGCAACUAAAGAGCUCAAUAGUUGAUGCAUCAUCCCCCUUAGCGUCCACCUUAUCUACGGAAACCAUGGGUGCUCUGGAGGUGCCAACGGUCGAAUACACCGUUCCGUAUGGUGAAAAGUCUGGCUACAAUUUUGUGAUUUCGCCAACCAUUGAGGAAACAACUAUGACAGCCGCGUUUCGAGAUGAGGACGAUCUUCUUCCAUCGCCCGAUAAGCCUGAACGCCGUCAGGAUCAUUCUCCUAGCCGUAUCAGUCCCUCACAAACGGUUAAAGCCAAGAGUCCAGAUCGGACUAGGAACCCAACCAUUGAACUCCUUACUGGCUUGAUCCAAUUGUUGGGUGGUGAUGUUCGACGAAGAGCUACCCCACCUCCACAGCAGCCUCAACCGCCGGUGCUAUCCCCGGCUAGUUUUAAUUUUCAUCCCCCGCAAGCGCCACUGGUGGGUCCGCCUCCACCCCCACAAUUCCUUCCACCACCCCAUCCACAUCAUGCGCGACCUCAGCCAUAUGAUCUGGCUCAACAGUUUCCAGGAAAACCUAAUAUUCCUACUUACAUCCCGCACCUGAAUUUUCCACCAGGUGGACAUCAUCUAAUGGGACACCACCAAGCGACGCCACAUACCCCACCUAGCUUCUAUUACCCUUCACCGUCGGAUGUUAGCAAUAUUCUUGGGGUGAGUAAUGAGAUACAUAGCGAGCGGCCUCACCAUCAUUUCGAACUGAAGACGUCUGAUAUAACACCCACAGUUACUGUCCCCGCCGAUCUUGAUGAGGAAACGACCCAACCACCACUUCGAAGUUCGUCACGUAACACGAUCGUGUUCAUUCAAGAUGCACCUCCAAGCCUACUCCCAUCGAACACAAUAGUGGAUUCAUCCGUUAUUAGCGCCAGCUCUUUGUCUGCCACCCCAGUCCGGAACGGUCAUACUGACGCGACCGAGCACGAGAAGGGCACGUUUGUGAUCGAAGUCCUGGAGCCAGUCGCAACACCCCGACCAAGCAAAGCAGAGGUUCGACCGUCAAAUGCAUGGCUCCCUGUUGGUGCAGAAGAUACCAGCCGAAUGAACAUUCACUAUGAUCCGCACAACGAACCGGAUAUUAUUACCCACGGACCGGAACCGUCGAUAUUCGACAUCACUGUUGUUGGUGACCUGAACCCGACAGUCAGCCACGGCAGUGACAUGGGCCCGCCUGCAGAGAUUAUUACAACCGAGAGCAGCGCCUCCGAACCAAAAAUUCAGCCGACUCCCACGACAGGUUUCGUUGCCCCAGAAUCGAUUCUGCCUACAACGUUAUCUAGCCCCGCUAACACUUCGCCGAGCCUGACUGUCGCUUCGACGACCUCCACAAUCGUGUAUUCGGAAGCCUCUUCAUCGUCGACACCAACACCGUCCAUUGUAGUGUCCUCUACAACAACUACUAAAGACGACGUGGUGUAUGGAAAAAGUACGGGAGAGGUGAGUGUCGCUCCAACAGGAGCAUCGACCACGUCGACUAGCCAGGCAAGCUCCACCAAAGGACAUGGUAUUGGCAAGCCGUACGUGGUGCCUGUUGACGUGGAUCCUGUUCGACCAUCAGUGCACCAAGGAGGAUUCGGUCAUGUAAAAACGUCACCUCGCCAUGGGUCAGGGCCAAUCCGUCAGCAGAAGCCGAAAAGGCAGCCAACGUUUAAAAGUAAAUCAAAUGCCACGUUGGUCCGCAUUGAUACCUGCAUUGUAGGUGAUGAUUCGACCUGUGAUGCGACCCUGAAUGAGUGGUGUCGCACGGACCAAGGUAUCAGCACUUGUACGUGUAGGCCCGGUUAUGCCCGAACCCAGCCCAGAGGACCUUGUCUAGCAACGAUUUCGAUGCAAUUGACGUUCAAAUUGGAUCGUAUGGGAGACAAAAAGCUACAUUAUAACACCAAUUACCUUAACCCUGAUUCCGAAGAGUACCAGGUUCUCGAAUUUGAAACUCGGCAGGCACUGCGGAGCUUAUUCAGCAAAUCAUCAUUUGCCCGAGUAUUUAUGGACUCUCGCGUAAACCGUUUUAAGGGUUCAGGUUCGAAGGUUCUUGUGAAUGCCACAGUCGAAUUUGAAGAGAACGAUAUCACGAGAGUAGCUUCGGUGAAGCGAGUUGUUCAACAUGAAAUAGUCAAUCUUAUAUCACGAGGGAAAAGUAAUUUAGGUGAUUCGCGUCUGCUCGUAGAGCCCUUACUUAAUUCAGCGCUGACGGUUGAGGACGUCAACGAAUGUCGAGACAAAGAGCUGCAUGAUUGUUCCCCGAAUGCUAACUGUGAGAAUACGUUUGGCGCGUUCAAGUGCGUUUGCAAGCCCGGCUACACCGAUAAAAACCCCGCAACAAGGAGAACUGGGCGAACCUGCACCGGAUGUGGGCCGGACUACUGCAAUAACAGAGGUGAAUGCUCAAUCGUCAACGGAGAACGUAGUUGCUCCUGUAAGGGCAAAUUUAUAGGACCACGCUGUGAUGUCGACGGAGAGGUUUUAGCUGUCGCUCUCGGAGCUUCGGUCACUGCCGUGAUCAUCAUCAUUCUCACCCUUGUUUGCCUUUGUCUCUGGAACCGCCGUUGGAAACGCGAGCAGGCCAAGGCUGAAGUGAUGUCUGUGGCAAGUAUGGCCGGAUAUUUGAAUAAGACAGGUUCUGUAGGCUAUCGUAUGGCCUCAGGUUCCGCCAGUAUACACCAAUCUCAGGAUGAACGUUUUCGUUGGUCUGCCCAUCUGGACAAUUUGCCUAAUAUCUACGUACAGCCGGACUCGUCACCUCUUCAUUCUAUGCCUCGGGCGCAAUCAAUUUACGCUACGCAACGACAUAUGCGGGCCCAUUCGCCGGGGGUUGAGCUUGAAAAUCCCUAUGGACCAUUACCAGGCAUACCACAACGGCCCAAGUCUAGAAGCGCUAUGACACAUUUUGGGCCUGCAUCUCUUGCGAGCCCCUAUGAGUUUGACCCAAAUAAGCAGCCGUCACUUUUCGGCUCGUACCGCACCCCCGGCACGACCAGAAGUAUGAGACCUGUCUUUAACGCACACUGGUAAGGAGAAACCU